AGACGGGCACCAGUGUAUUAGGACGGAGCCACAAGCUUUUUGUACUGGGCGCUUUCUUCCAAGACACCGAAUGGUAGGGAAUGGUAGGGCAAACAAAAGACUUGAUGUUUGAAUGACGGUGUCCCUGCCUGCGGUCAGUCAAUGAGGACUUGCUCUAUUCUGCUAGGAUGUGCUAGGAUGUAACGAUCGGAUGUGUGAAACUUUGGUGAGAACUUACAAAUAAAUAGUUUUAGAUUAGUCAAUUCUGAAUGUAUUUUUGUUUGUGUUGCUUAAAUAUUUAAAAAAAAAAAUUCAAUUCUUAAAAAUUCAAUUCUUAAAAAUUCCACAAUUUCUAGGCGCUAAAUAACUUAAGCUGAUACAAACGACUUGAUGUUGGUCACAUAGAGCGACAUUUCUUUUUGAUAUGAUGCACAAAGCUUUUAAUGACGUAAAAUAUAUUAAACAACAAGCUAUCGGACAUUCGACAUUUUAGGCCUUCUUGACAUGACGUGAAAUAGGAAUUGAAAAGAAAACUACUGUUAAAAAACAAAAACAACAACAACAAAAAAAAAAAAAAACAACAACAACACAACAGCUCAUGAUUAGAAGAAAUGAGUAGCAUGUACAAUGUAAAUUGUUUUCUACGCAUUUGGUCCCCCCACCCCCCUCUCUCGCUCUCUCUCUUUUUUCCUUUCUAUUUCUAUUUCUCUGUGUAGAUCUCACACUUGAUUAUUUACAUCUGCACUUAAACUUUUCUGUCAUAAACGUAUACGUAUUAAUAUAUAUAUAAAAAAAAACUAUCAUGAAACAAUUGUUUAGUCACUUUAAAAAAAAAAAGCUUUGCCGUGUCUACUUACUUUACACCAGGCUGAGCUCUCAACGCGUAUGUUCAGGUUGUUCCACGUUCAACAUGACGUUGAUUUGAUGAUUCAUAAAGGUCAAGACCAUGCUCAGCUUCACGCAUAUUUUUAUUACGUGUCUAUCUGGAUUAGUUCUAAAGGCAGGUUCCAUAAAAUUUGUUUGAUGACUUUCAUUGUCCUUCAAACAAGAUGCAUGUUUAUAAUUUGUGCUCAAUUAUUUCUUUUUUUUUUUUUAAAAUAAUUUAAACUUAAUGGAAUCGAAAUGAUAAUAAUUUUUUUUUAAAGACUUGAUCUACUUAAACAACGUUGUGUUGAAAAUAAUGUAUGUUGUUUAUAAAGAGCUUUAAUAUGUUAAACGUUGUCAACAACGUGCCUCUCCUGCAAAUGUUUACUCUCUGACGUGCAGCUGACUUCCUGUGACACGCCCCCAGACUAUGACCAGCCUCCGUCCCCAGCCUGGUCUCCUGCUGAAGGUCACCAAGACUGCUCCUUCUGGGACCAGACAGGAUGCAGUAAAGGGGAGUGUUGUGUUAAAGAGGUAGGCCUCAUUAUUAAGCGGGCUCAACAUUCCAUCUUCUGUGUACUCGUCCGUGAAUAAGUUCAAUGCUAACCGGUGUGUCGUCGAAAUAUCUAAACUAAUAAAUAAAUCCUGAGUGGGUCUUACGUGUCCGCCGCUCUCAUUGCGCACGGCGAUGCGCCCUUUGUUGUGUCUUCCCCCGACGCGUGCUUCAUCGCUUACGCACCAAAUGCACACAAAAGAACAUCUGGAUGCUCAAUUUUGGUGCAAAGAGUGAUUGCCCUUUUAAGGAGCUGGCCGUAAUCUUUGAACUGUAGCUUAAAACGUAGAAUGGACAUUAAUUUACACUCGCAACGUUAUUGCAUGGCCUUAGCUAAUUUAUCAAUAGCUUGUAAGACAUCACAGAGAAAAAAAAAUCUUAAGCAUUUAUUGGGAAAAAAAAGAAUGAUACGAAAAAAAAAAAGCAUCUGAAAGAAGAAUGGUAUUAAUACGCUAUAGAACCAAGUCACGAGAUUUUUUCUUGCUUAAAAAAAUAAUCCAGAAAUACGAGUGAUAUUAAAGAGGACGAUGCGCGCAUGCACAUUGAGAGAUAAGGGUCGUGAUAAUACAUUAAUAAACCACCUGAAUAGAUUACCGCGGUUGUCACAGAUUUUAAAUGAGCCAAAGGAAAAAAAAAUAUUGAAUGCUUCUAUCCCAUCCCAUUGACAUCAGCGAAUGUACACAAUUUACGCAAUGUACGCAUUCUUUAGCUAAAAGAUUUUUUUUUAAACACUAAUGGAUGAUAUCGAUUUCCUCCUUUAAAACUACAUUAAUUUGAGUGCAGCCCACAGAUAACCUUACUGAAAUAUGCUUCCUUCGCCGGUGGCGUUAUCGUAAUCUGAUACCUUUCCGACAUACAAGAAGAUCUUUAAUAAAUGGGAUGACUUUAUGGGUAACACUAGUUUGAUUUUUUUUUAAAAAAAGACAUUCCUCCUCAUAUUUCUCUUUUCAUUGGCCAACAGUUGUAUUACACAUUGAUCAUAUGGACAGUGAUCGGUUAUAAAGUAUCGAAGCGACCUGCUGGUUCUUUGUGUUUGGUUAAUCAGAAUUACAUUGAACAUCCGACGGGCGUUACAAAGCACGCUGUUUAAUAUUUGAUACGUCUACUUGGAGGAAGUCCCGUUUUUUUUUUUUUUUUUGUGUGCAACACGCUAAAAGUAUUGACUUAGCAACUGAGCUCUUAAAUAAUGAAUAGCAACACUACCACGUUACAUACUUUCAUGUCUAGCACGCCCAGCACUUCUUUAUUUUACUUGGAGGAAGUCCCGUUUUUUUUUUUUUUUUUUUGUGUGCAACACGCUAAAAGUAUUGACUUAGCAACUGAGCUCUUAAAUAAUGAAUAGCAACACUACCACGUUAGAUACUUGCAUGUCUAGCACGCCCAGCACUUCGUUAUUUCAACACGGCCUUUGAAAUUCGGACUUUAAUUACGGCGAUACAACUUGUUGUUUCAGCCCGUGUUUCAUUCCAUGCUUUCAUUCUAUGCUUUUAUACCAUGCCUUCAUUUCAGGCUUUCAUUCAAAGCUUUCGAUUUCAUGCUUUCAGACCUUGCUUUCAUUUCAUGCUUUCAGACCUUGCUUUCAUUUCAUGGUUUCAAACCAUACCUUCAUUUCUUGCUAUUGAAAUGAAUGUACUGUUUAAAAUAAUACUUUAAUUUCAUGCUUUCAUAUUAUGCUUUCAUACCAUACCUUCAUUUCGGGCUAUUGAAAUGAAUGUAGUAUUUAAAAUAAUGCUUUCAUUUCAUGCUUUCAUUUCAUGCUUUCAUUUCGUGCUUUCAUUUCAUGCUUUCAUACCAUGCUUUCAUACCAUGCUUUCAUACCAUGAUUCAUACCAUGCUUUCAUACCAUGCUUUCAUACCAUGCUUUCAUACCAUACCCUCAUUACAGGCUAUUGAAAUGAAUGUACUAUUUAAAAUAAUGCUUUCAUUUCAUGCUUUCAUAAUUUUCUUUUGUACCAUCCUUUCAUUUUAUGCUUUCAUUUCAUGAUUUCAUUUCAUGCUUUCAUACCUUGCUUUCGUACCAUCCUUUCAUUUCAUGCUUUCUUUAAAUUUCAUGCUUUCAUACCUUGCUUUCGUAUCAUCCUUUCAUUUCAUGCUUUUAUUUCAUGCUUUCAUACCUUUCCUUCGUACCAAUCUUUCAUCUAAUGCUUUAAUUUCAUGCUUUCAUUUCAUGAUUUCAUUUCAUGCUUUCAUUUCAUUCUUCAUUUCAUACUUUCAUUUCAUGAUUUCAUACCUUGCUUUCGUAACAUACUUUCAAUUAAUGCUUUCAUUACAUGCCUUCAUACCUUGAUUUCGUACCUUCCUUUGAUUUCAUGCUUUCAUUUCAUGCUUUCAUUUCAUGCUUUUAUAACUUGCUUUUGUACCAUCCUUUCCUUUCAUGCUUUUAUAACUUGAUUUAGUCCCAUCCUUUCAUUUCAUGCUUUUUUCAUGCUUUCAUAUCUUGCUUUCCUACCAUCCGUUCAUUUCAUCCUUUCAUACCUUUCUUUUGUACCAUCCAUUCAUUUCAUGUUUUCAUACCUUUCUUUUGUACCAUCCAUUCAUUUCAUGCUUUCAUUUCAUUGCUUUCAUACCUUGCUUUCAUACCAUGCUUUUAUUUCAUGCUUUCAUGUCCCAAGUGACACAUUAUUUUAAAGAGUAUAUUCAUUUCAAUAGCGGUAAGUGUUUUUUGUUUUUUUUUAAAUCUCACUGGCUCUCGCAUGUCUCAGUUUUAUCAAAACUCAAACAAAAAUUAACCACCAGGCACCAGACAUUUCUAAGAGUCUUCACCCCCCCCAACCACUUGUGACCCCCAGGCACCAGGCAUUUCUAGAGUCUUCAACCCCCCCACCCCUAACCACUUAUGACCCCAAGGCACCAGACAUUUCUAAAGUCUUCAACCCCCCCCCCCUUUACCACUUAUGACCAUCCCAAGGCACCCGACAUUUCUAAAGUCUUCACCCCCCCCCCCCUUUACCACUUAUGACCACCAGGCACCUGACAUUCCCAGAGUCUUCAACUCCCCACCACUUGCGAACACUUGCUGUGUGCUUUUAUUUCCAUUAACACCAACUUUGCCGGGAGCGAUUGACAUGACGUAAACACUGGCAGCUUGAUGUCCGUGAGAUCGAUGGAAGCACCGCCAUAACUGUCGACAGCACUCACUAGAAAUAACAGUCAGCCGCUGUCGCCUAUCUUAAAGUCUCACCCCCCAGCCCCUACACCUGCAGCCAUGCGCCCUCCUCCCCCUCUCACACUUAUGUUAUACUUGCACUUAAUAUUUUUAUUUCUUAGAUGAAAAUUCCAUUUUUUUUUCAAUGAAGAUCGGUCAAUAAGAUUAGUAGUGAAUGUGGCCGGCGUUUCUCAGGGUUGUAUACGGUUUAAAAAAACAACAACAAAACAAUCUCCUAAAGCGUAAUCAGAGUAAAUGCCAAUAGGGCCACUUUCAAAAGCACUCAAAGAACAACAUCAAAUCUUAAACUGUGUGGUUGAGCCAUAUACUUACUGAUUGGAAUGGCACCAACCAUUUGUCUUAUUUCCUGUUUCCAAAUGUGGUCCUUUUCUGGUUUUGCCAGCAAGCAGCUCGCCUUAAGCAUCUCGUCUCUCAGGUGACUAUUUUUCUCUCGGGACUUUUAUUCAGAGCCCAGGCUUGACCCUGUAAUAUUACCGUGUGAUUUUUAAACAAAAAAUCAGUAACACAAUGUGUACGUAAACUUAGUUGUUCUUGUAUUUAAGACGCUGAUAAUAUGUGUACACCAUUGAAAUGGUUUAACAAAAGACGUGUAACAUAUAUGGACUAAAAUUGUUCCGUGUGUAACAAAUGAUGCUUUUUGAGACAUUGCUAUUCCCACUGAAUGCACCCACCCAAUGGGGAGAGGCAGUUUUACUUAAUGCUGAUAUGAUGCUAAAUCACAAUAGGACAUACAAUUCUCCCUCCCAGGCACACAUCUACUAUAUAAUAAACUUAGUAAUAGAACUAAUUUUUAAAAAAACACCCUAGACUGUAAACCCCUAGGCACCCCGGGCGCCUGGUGGCCGAGUGGUCUUAACUAAGUCGAUCCCCAGCAAAAGCCUAGGCCAGCGAAAACGUCACCAGCGCACCGCAUGUAAGGGCCUCGUUAACCUUGGAUGGCAACUCAUCUAAAAGAAGGCCAUCUGUGAAUUCAAACCCGGAGAUGGAGUCCCGUAGGCGGUAUGACAUUGACAUGAUGGAAAUUCCGACAAUCCCCAUAAAGAGGGCACAGUGUGACACAACAAAUACUACUGGUCAUCUACUGCAUCCUUGUCUAUUUCCAGUCGUCUUGACCAAGUCUGUCUUGUCAACGGAUCAAAUGGGCAAAAACAUGAGAGUGAGUUGGAUCAAUUGAGCAACUCUCCCUCACUUUAAACAAGGUACAGUUCAGGUCAGGUUACUACUCAAGUCGAAAAAUGGCCUUGGUCAUCUCUGCGUGCGAAGGACGAACAACAACAGGAACGCAACGCCGCCUCUAUGCUCGUCCAUGAACUAUGUGAUAAUUUUAAUGCGCUGCCUUUGAAAGCAUAUAGAGUUAAGUUUCAUUUAUUAUGCGUGCGCCAAACAAAAGAUUUACAUAAAAUAUUUGCUGGUAUUUUUAUAGACCAUUCUUUAUAUUUUUUAAAAAUCGUUUGAUAGAUGUUUGAAAGCGAAUCAUUCUGACUAAAGGAUUAUUAAAGAUAUCUCUCGAGGCCAUUCUAAAUGAAAACAAAAUAAAAAUUUUUAGUCUUUACCCUCUAUAUUAUAAGAUUUUUUUUUUUUAUUACAGCUUUUGGUAUUAAGGAAUUAUGGCUAAAGUUUCCACGAACCAUCUCUUGGUCAGGAGGAAUGCCCACGUCAAAUUUGGUUGAGAUCCAUUUGCUGGUUUUCUCGUGAUCGAUCGAUCCAUACGCAUACAUGCAAACAUAUAAACGCAGUCACACUAGGCUUUCUAUAGUAGAUAGUAGAACGCAUUAGACGUUUAAUAGAUUAAAUAUGUAUUUCAAGUAAUCAAUUUGCGCUAACAGUCUACCGUUAGACGUUAAACCAUCGUUAAAUUUUAAGUUGUUUUUUUAAAUCCUUAUGCUUGUGAUUGGAUGAUUUUUUUUAAAGAGCCUUAGUAACCGUCGUUUUCAAAGCCUUAACAUUGCCGGGAAUUUGUGUGUGUGUGUGUGUGUCCUUUGGGGGGUGUCUGUUUAAACAACCAUUGUUUGGAUAGCUGUAACAAGACGAGGGAGUUCUGUUGUAGCAACAAUCGUUGUGCCAGUUGGUACCUAGCUAGGAGAUAAUGUUGAAACAACUGUUGUUGGAAUAAUAAUCAGUUUGAUGACGCGGGAUGCUGUUGUAACAACAAUGGGUUGGAUAGCUGUCACGUGAGUGGUAGGAUCUAAUGUGGCAACGAUUGUUUGGAUAGCUGGUACUUAAUGAGAAGCUUCUGGUGCAAUCGAUGGCACACGCGAGACGCCGUGCUGUACAGAAUGAUGCACCAUUAUCUGGAAACGUUCGAUCGUCUUCAGACGGCAAUGCCAGUGCAACGUUCUACAAAAGAUUAGAAAUCAUUUUAAGAAAAGAAAUUUGAAAAAAAAAAACGUUUUUUGCUUUUUUCUAAGUCAUUUGAUAACAAAUUGCUUACUUACAAUCUGAAUACAUACUAUCUACUGACACACUGAUUACAUUUGGCUUUAAUCAAACUCUGAUCACAUAUUGUUUAGACAAACUCUGAUCACAUAUUCCUUACUCCUGAUCUGAUUAUAAACUCCUCCUAAAAAUCAAGAAUUAAAGUAACACAUAGGAUGGCUUCUAUCGUUAAAACUACUUUUUGUAACGGGAUAAUAUCAUUAAUAUAAACUUCUGAUAUUCAUGUAUUUUUUUUAAAAAAUAGUUUCUCCGGCUUGCAGUAAGACAAGCGAUGCUUGCGGAAAGAUCGUAGAAACACACGCGUGUUCCGACUUAGCCUAGCCAAUUUAAAAUUAGCCUUUCUAAAUUCGGCUAUACAUAAUGGAUUUCGGCUCGUGGAUAGACGUAUCAUUGAAUCCACAAGCGCAGCUGUCGUACAAAAUCAAUAUGAAAGCAAUAUCAUUCUUAUUCAAUGAGAAUAUCAACACUUAUAUACCUCCCUGACUAUAUUAUACCAUACAAUUAGCGUACAGUGUGACGUAGAUGGAAUGUGUGUCUGCGGUUGUAUUUAACAGUGAAAAUAUGGAGAAUCUUAUUACAAUUCAAACAAAAGAAAUUUAGAACACAUGGUAAGGGAAAACCGGAAGUAACAAAAAAAAACCAGUGCAUGUUUCGCUCAGGAAGACUUAUACAGCGAACAAGAGAACACCCCUUUUUUUCCCCUUAGUGGCGGAUAACGUCAUGUAAUACAAUUUGUGUUUUUUUUUUAUCAUCGCUACAUGUCUGUCUCGUAGGCAAGAACUUAAGCCAGGAACAGUAUGUUUAUCAUGCCCUUAAACUAUAUUAGUUAAAACCCCGAAGGUUUGUGCUAGCCUACACUAGACAGAAUAUGUGUAUGUCUUCUCGCAUGCUCAAGGCUCGGAAAGAAUUCAACCACCCCAGAGUUGGCUCACUCUCACAUCCCAUUCAUCCAUGUCUUCCCUCUGCCAAUGGGUUGAGUAAAAAAAAAAAAAACAACAGAAAUUUAGUCGUAAUUAUAGCAGCUAAGCUUUGUUAUCUUGAGCCCUUAAAGGUUAUGUGUGUGUGGGGGGGGGUGUUGAACGGGGCCAAUAAGGGCUCACUAUAUCUGCUGGCCUGAGCAAAAAUAAUUGUUCCUAUGUUACCAUUAUUGUACACAGAAUUCUAUCAAUGGAAAUUUUGAAACUUAAACACUUCUAGCAGAUGUGCUUUAAACAAAAAAAAUAAAAAAAUAAAAAUAUUACCAUUGCCAUUUAAUUUAUUUUUCCAUUUCAUUUAUUAGCUAGUAGGUAUAUUUAGAAUCAUUAUAUAUACAUACAAUAGAACCCGGUUAUGUCGACGGCCUAUGGGUUUUCGAAAAAGCAAUAACCGAUGAUCGAGGUAAACGAAAACCAUUAUGGCGGUAAUAUAUAUAAAUAUAUAUAUAUAUAUAUAUAUAUGUGUGUGUGUGUGUGUGUGGGUGUAUGUGUGCUUGAAAUUUCUUUAUGUAUAUGAAGUGUAUUAAUAAAUGUAGGUACUUUAGUAAAAAAAAAUAAAACAUAUCUAAGACUAGAUCUAACAGAGUUUGGAAGACACCAGUUCCACAGUAAAUCUUCUUGACAUUACUGCCUUACUUAAGUUCAAAUUGUUGUACACAGAAAGUCAAGCAUCUCAUUCUAUCUGUGCGAUCAGCAUCUGUUACAAUCGUUUUCACUUUUUUUUUUCCCCCAAGCAUUAUGUUGUUGUUGUUUUUUUCGUCAUGAAAUAACUCUCUGGAAAUUCCCCGUGCUUCUCUUAUCGAAACUAUUACUAUUUCCACCGAUCCUCUCUCUCUCUCUCUCUCUCUCUCUCUCUCUCUCUCUCUCUCUCUCCCUCUCUCUUUCUUUCUUUAUCAAUCCACAGUAAUCCACACUUACUAAUUCUGUGUUGUAUCCACUCUCUCAACCCACUGCUUCUCUUAUCGACACUAUUACUAUUUCCACCGAUCCUCUCUCUCUCUCUCUCUCUCUCUCUCUCUCUCUCUCUCUCUCCCUCUCUCUUUCUUUCUUUAUCAAUCCACAGUAAUCCACACUUACUAAUUCUGUGUUGUAUCCACUCUCUCAACCCACAGCGCAUCUGCGCGAUUCUUCAUGAUGAAUUUUACCGCACGUAGUAGAUGUAGAUCUAUAUUUUACAAAUAUUUUGCUUUAAUAUAAAGAUUUUCGAACCUUCUGAAAAUGGUGCUCAGUGAGGGGUCCCGCUCCGAAUGGGGCUCAGUGAGGGAGGACGCUACGACCAACCAGCCCCCCCGCCCUUCCCCCCCCCCCGCACCUCUCCCCACUUUUCGCAGGUUACCGGAAAUUUGAUCGAAAGAAAUUUCGUCGACGGUAAAUUGAUCGACGGUAAUUUGAUCGACCGGAAAUUUGGUCGAAUCUUUUUUUCAGUUCACACGUUAAGAUGUUCGUCAAAUUUCUUUUAUAGUAAAACAAAAUAAUGCGUUCAAAAAGACAUUUGAAGCAAAAUUUAAAAGUAAAAACGGAAAAAAAGAUUCGACCAUAUUUCCGUUCGAUCAAAUUACCGUCGAUCAAAUUACCGUCGAUCAAUUUACCGUCGACGAAAUUUCUUUCGAUCAAAUUUCCGGAUACGCUUUUGGCACGGACCUGUUGAUCAGCUUGCAAUAUCCUAGUCUGAGAAGACAAAAUACGUCUUACGUCAGCGUUACUUCCCCCCCCACCCCACUCUCGGCCACACACACACACACACACAUUUUUCUUCCAACUAUGGCAAGUUUAAUGUCCCUUUAACGCCCAGGGGGGAGAGCAAUCUCAGCUCAACGCAAGCCAUUAAUGCCAUAAAUAGCCAACCAAUCAAAGGUUUGCUCUGCAAGCUUUAAGGCAUGUCUCAACUGAGCGUUUUUUUGUUUUGUUUUGUUUUUUUAAAUUUUUAUUUUACUUUUAAGAAUAUAUAUUUCAAGGCUGAUGCGAUAAUCUCUUCCCCCCACCAACACACACACACAGUUGGCACACACAUAAUGUAGCAUGGGUAAUAUUUCCGUGCCACAUUUCAAAAUUUAGUUGAAGGUGCAUUACAACAAGUUUACAUUCUGUGAUUUAGAGGGAGAGAGGAACACUAAACCAUUAAAAUGUGAUCCCGCCCCUGUGUGGAAGUACAUUUUACAUUGUACAGUCUGUACCCAUACAUGUCUUUCAUUAAGCUCUGACUCGCUAAAAUGAUAGGGAUUCGCUGUAUGUUGGACGUACUUAAUACAUUACUAGCCAGAAGUAAAAAAGGGCGUAAAGUAUGAUUCUUUACGUUCAUUACUUUGGGGGCACGCUCAUGCAUUCCUGUUAACCGUAAAAAAUAAUUGAUUAGAGCCGUAUGGAUAACGGUACAUAUGAAUUACUUAUAUGAAGCUAUAUUUUACUAGAGCCGUAUGUAUGACGGUACAGACAAAUUAGCUACAUGCAGCUAUAUUGACUGGAUGCUUAUGUGUAACGUUACAUAUAAAUUAGCUAUAUGCAGCUAUACUGACUGGAAUUGUCAAUGUAACGGUACUUAUAAAUUAGCUAUAUGCAUCUAUACUGACUGGAAUUGUCUAUGUAACGGUACAUAUUAUACAUUAGCUAUAUGCUUCUAUAAUGACUGGAAUUGUCUUUGUAACGGUACAUAUAAAUUCGCUGUAUGCAGCUAUAUUGACUACAGCUUAUAUUUAAAGUUACCUAUUAAUUAGCCAUAUAUAGUUAAAGUCGAUGCCGUUAUCUAGAAAAAUGGUUUUCCCAAAUUUUGUCUUAUCCUGCUCUCUCUACGAAAAAUUUUUCUAAUGUAAGCACCCUCAAAAAUUGUUGGACUUUUGCAUGACUUCAUACAUAACAAUACAUUUUAUAAAAAUAACAUAUAUAACAAUACAUUAAGUAACGUAUUCAAUACAAUACAAUUUAAAAUUGAAAAUUACUUCUAUCCUUUUUAAUAUUUGAAAUACAAAUAAAAAUGUAAAAAUUAUAAUUCAAAUUUGGGAUAGAAAGUAAAAUUUUAAUGUGGGAAUUCAAAAUGAAAGGGACAUAAUUUAUACGAUAACUUUAACGUCAAAGGUUCUACUAUUCUCUGAAAUAAUUUUCCUCGCAUCCUCAUGAAGUGCCGCUAAUCGCUCAAAGGGGACGUGAGCACUUUGUCACGCAAACAACAUUAAAAGAACGUUUUAGAUGAGUAGCUAAGAUGCAGGAAGUAACUUCCUGAUAACGCUGAUCGAUCUUAGCAUUACAACAAUUGAGAUGAAGGAGAGCCCAACUCCUCAGGAAAUCUCAAGCCGAACGUCUUCGAUCAACAACCAUCAAUAUUUUCCUCCAACCUACCGUCAUUGUAUCUGCUUGAAUGAAGCACGUCCCAGUCUAAAGGGAAUGCCCGUUAAAUGCGUGAUUUCAUGCAGCAUUAUCUUCAGUUGAAUGUUGCUUUCAUCUUUACUACACAUCAGGCGUUCAGUAUGUAAUUUCAUGCAGCAUUAUCUUCAGUGGAAUGAUGCUUUCAUCUUUACUACACAUCAGGCGUUCAGUAUGUAAUUUCAUGCAGCAUUAUCUUCAGUGGAAUGAUGCUUUCAUCUUCACUACACAUCAGGCGUUCAGUAUGUAAUUUCAUGCAGCAUUAUCUUCAGUUGAAUGAUGCUUUCAUCUUCACUACACAUCAGGCGUUCAUUAUGUAAUUUCAUGCAGCAUUAUCUUCAGUGGAAUGAUGCUUUCAUCUUCACUACACAUCAGGCGUUCAGUGUGUAAUUUCAUGCAGCAUUAUCUUCAGUGGAAUGUUGCAUUCAUCUUCACUACACAUCAGGCGUUCAGUAUGUGAUUUCAUGCAGCAUUAUCUUCAGUUGAAUGAUGCUUUCAUCUUUACCAUACAUCAGGCGUUCAGUAUGUAAUGUCAUACAGCAUUAUAUUCAGUUGAAUGAUGCUUUCAUCUUUACUACACAUCAGGCGUUUAGUAUGUAAUUUCAUGCAGCAUUAUCUUCAGUUGAAUGAUGCUUUCAUCUUUACUACAGAUCAGGCGUUCAGUAUGUGAUUUCAUGCAGCAUUAUCUUCAGUUGAAUGAUGCUUUCAUCUUUACUACACAUCAGGCGUUCAGUAUGUGAUUUCAUGCAGCAUUAUCUUCAGUGGAAUGAUGCUUUCAUCUUUACUACAGAUCAGGCGUUCAGUAUGUAAUUUCAUACAGCAUUAUCUUCAGUGGAAUGAUGCUUUCAUCUUUACUACACAACAGGCGUUUAGUAUGUAAUUUCGUGCAGUGCAUGGACAGCUUGAGAGGUUCUCACUAUUUUUACAUUUUAAGUAACACGUCUCAUCGAAGGGAUUCUAUCCUUUAUCCGAAGCUCGCAUUAGGUGUAAAAUAAAUGAUUAAUAACUCCAUUAACGAAGAAUUCUAGAUGGUGUUAUUUUUUUAAAACCGGUUUUUGGCAAAAGGCUCCGACGUUUUCAAAGUAAAUUUAAUUUGUUUGAAUUUCAUUAAUAAAGUCUCUUUAUUUCUGACUUACAUGUUUCUCUUACGUCUAAAUGUGUAAUGCCGGCUGAUGAGAGAAAAUAUAGUUUUGUGACCAUGGUGAACAGGGCGUCCAUGUUGCCGUGUACGGACAUUCCCCGCUUCUAUGGUCCGAUCGUGGCCAAUAUCGCAUCGAAAAACGUGGCAAGGCGUCCAUUUUGCCGUGUACGGACAUUGUCGGUUUCCGUGAUCCGGAUAUUUAAAAGCGGAAAAGUUCAUUUAGUUUUAAAUGGUCAAUCAUUGAUUGAUGUAAUUGUGAAGGUAUCUUAUUGUUAAGUUGAUGUAAUUGUAAAAGUAUCUUAUUCUUAAGUUGAUGUAAUUGUAAAGGUAUCUUAUUGUUAAAUUGGUGUAAUUUUUGAAGGUAUUUUAUUGUGAAAUUGAUGUAAUUGCGAGUGGAUCUUAUUGUUAAGUUGAUGCAGUUGUGAAAGCAUCUUAUUGUUAAGUUGAUUUAACUGUGAAGGUAUCUUAUUUUUAAGUUGGUAUAAUUUUGAACACAUCUUAUAGCUAAGUUGGUGUAAUUGUGAACACCUCCUCCAGUUAAGUUGAUGUAAUUGUGAACACAUCAUCUAGUUAAGUUGAUGUAAUUGUGAAGGUAACUUAUUAUUAAGGUGAUGUAAUUGCGAACAUAUCUUAUGGUAAAGUUGAUGUAAUUGUGAAAAUAUCCUCUAGUUAAGUUAUAGGAGCCAGAAUGAUCAAUUCAUUGAUCUUGGGCCCUUAAAAUAUAGAAGAAGUAGAAGAAGUUUAUGUAAUUGUAAAGAUAUCUUAUUUUUAAGCUGAAGUGUUUAUCCUUCAAAAUAAUUUUUUUUUUAAAUUAACGCCGAAAUUGAAAAACCAUAUUUUGUAUUCUAUCUUUGAUGCGGUCACAUACGGACUUUUCAGAUAAUUCCUGUCUUGAUGUCAUUCUUUCGUCACGAAUCAUCCAUUAGGAUAUUGCAAACCGUUGUCAUUGGAGGAGCCAAAGACAAAUCAAUAUCCUCAUCGAUUGGUCUUCCCCUUCCCAGCCAGCCUGGUGUUUCAGCUGCGACUGGCCCCGAUAUAUAUAUAUAUAUAUAUAUAUAUAUAUAUAUAUAUAUAUAUAUAUAUAUAUAUAUAUAUAUAUUUAUAUGGUUCGUCCAUCGCAUAUGGCGAUGACCAAGACAUUGACUUGAGUAGUAGCCUUGACUUAAGUUGUAUUUUGUUAAAAUGAGGGAGAAUUGCUCAGUUCGUCCGGCUCACACGCUCGUCUUAGCCUAUUUGAUCCAAUGGCAAGACUUAGUCAAGACGACUGGAAAUAGACCAGGAUCCAGUAGAUGACCAGUAGUGUUUCUUGUGUUGUGUCUCAUUGUGCUCUCAAUGCGUUCCACGUCGCAGUAGUUGAAAUUUGCAUUGUGUCAUCCCGCCGACAGGCUCCUACAUUACUAAAGUGUUGCCAACAUUUAAUAUCACAUCGCUCACAGCGUGUUAUAAUUUUAUAAUCUUUUAAUUUAAAAUAUUUUCUGGUCUACCCAAUUUGGUUUGUGACGUCUUUUAAAACCGAAUUAUUUUAGACAUUCCUGUCUCCUAAUGACAGACUUCAGAGUUUAUUAUCGUCAGACUCAGGGUAUCUCAUUGAUAGACUUUCAAUGAGACGUUAUAUCAAUGCGAUUCAAAAUGAUAGUAUUAUUUUGUAAACAUAUUUAAUUGAAAAGCAUUCCAGUGGAACAUAAAGUUAUUAAGCUCAUGAUUGACAAUUAAUCACCCAAUCUGUAUGCUAUUUUCUUUCCAAUUCUUAAAAAUUAAUUCUUCUUAAAUUCAGUCAAUUGUAAAUGUGUCAAAAUUUAUUCCAUUUAAUUUAAUGAUAUGUUGUUUUUUUUUAAAUUCUUACAGGUGAUCUCAUUUGAAGACCUGGACCAAAAUCCUCUGGUGAGCACCAUUUGUAAACCUUACCUGGCCCUCGGUGAACUGUGCCUUCGACAGCCUGAGGGCUACCUAUGUGAAUGUAUGCCAGGCUUGCGCUGCGAGUUCAGAAAUAACGAGACGUAUGGUGUAUGUUCGCCGGGGUAGUCUCUCGUCGAACUUACAACUGGUAUCAACAAGUCAAUCUGUGUUCACCGGGGUAGUCUCUCGUCGAACUUACAACUGGUAUCAACUAGUCAAUCUAUGUUGGCCGGGGCUGUCUCUCGUCGAACUUACAACUGGUAUCAACAAGUCAAUCCAUGUUCGCCGGGGCAGUCUCAUGUUAAUCUAAAAUGUUGUAUCAACCAGACAAUCUGUGUUCUUUAAGGUUUCCUACGUGGUCAAGCACGCGCUGAGCUGCAGUUUUGUUCAAUGCGGCUAGGGUAUACCUGUCGUGAAAUGAUUAAUGUGUAUAGUGCUUUGGAACAACUGUAAUACUUAAAUGACCUAUCCUACCUCGGAAACAGUUACCAUACGUUAAAUUAAUCAAACAUCGAAGGCUUAAAAUUAACAAUGUAUGGCCAUUGUUUUUUUAGAAGUACCAAUGAUAAAAUAACGUUUUUUAUUUUUAAUGUACACAUUGCACGAACGAAUAUCUACUAGCCAUUGCACAAUUAACCACCUGUUAUUCGAGGCAUCAUGCUAGAUUGACAAACUUCUUAAAGUAAUGAACAUUGUCAAUUAUGAAUAAGUACAAUACAACAGUUAUAUCGUUGCCAGCUAUAUAUGGUAUUAAUUUGUAGAGAAUUUCUUACUUAAAAAUAAUAGCAAUAAAUUAUUAACGAUAGUUUUCUGAAAUAAGAAAUCCAGCGCUCUGACCUCUGACCUCCUAAUGCCUACACAUCGAUCGAUCGAUCAACCAUUUCGAUGAAACUUGUUGGAGUCAGCCAGUAAGGGAAUGUUUUGUAGUUUGAAAUGUUAUGGUGAAGAGACAAUUCUUAAAAACUUCCACAAAUGCCAUACAUUCAUUAAGAACACAGUGACUUCCAUUGUCAAAUUAACAUAUGUAUGAGCUCUUAAAUGUUACUCUUUGGAAAUACGAAUAAUUUAAAUAAUGUAUUUCAAUUGAUUUAACCGAUUCUCAUUCGAGCUUAAGGAAAUGAACUCUUUAAAUUAAAGCGAAAAAAAUUGAAUGAAAAUGGGGGCUUAACAAUUUUAAUCUUUGACCCGUACAGUUUCUUUAAAUUAUCAUAUGUUGCUUCCCUUGAUUUAUGCGUCUGUUCUUUUGGGGGAAAAUUGAAAAAAAAAAAAAUUUGAACAAAAAAAAAUUGAAAAAGGACAGUUUUCACAGCCAUAGAGCCAUUCGAUAGGAUUCAACAGAGGAGAAGGGUCUAAGCGUCAUAUUUUAUUUGGCGCAUUCUAGCUAGUCAAAUUUCCAAAGGUUAAGUCUCACAGACCUUUGAUGACACACUGAUAAGCAUGCUUAUCGAUUUUGACAUCGUGUUGACUGGCCUUUCAACAAGACAUUACAUAGCAUUGUAGAUUGUAAAGAUGUCAGUCGCUAUGCCAGUUGUCAUCAGUUAAAUGCAAUAUACGUUAAGUUUCAUGUGUUUGACGAUCAACGGGGCAUUUCAACUGUUUCACAGACAACAUGACAUUUCAACUGUGUCAUGAUCAACAUGACAUUUCAACUACGUCAUAAUAAUCAUGCAAUUUCAACUGUGCAAUUUUUAACAUGAAAUUCGAGUGAUGAAACGACUAACAUGAUAUUUCUGUUGUGUUAUACUAAACAAGUCAUUUCCAUUGUGUUAUGAUCCACAUGGCAUUUCAACUGUACCAUGACCCACAUGACUGGUUCAAUUUUAGUCAUCAUAGGCAGGACAAUAGUAUGUGGAAGGGGGGGGGGGUCAGAAAGUUCUAGAAGGAUCGCAUUCUUCCCAAACCUCUGUAGGAUCCCAUGACGAGUGUAUUUAAACUGCGACUGAGACUCUACAAGGUUAGUGGGGGUUUAAAAAAAAAAUUAAUGAUCACUUAAUGAACGACCACUUGUUUUUUUUAUCCGUCUCUUAAUUCGGACCGAACAGUUUAUUAUGUUUUUAACAACACUCUUUCUAAAGCUCAGCCCAUGACAAUUUUAUGCUGUCUACCGGAGAGAAGGUAGCAUCAAAAACUAUCUUAUGAUCCAUCCGUACAAGAAUUGUAUUACCCUUGAACAUGUUCAAAAAUAUGUGUUACUCCAAAAAGGGUGCAGGAAUUCUUUACCAACGGGUUUUCCCCUGUGCGAGGACAAGUGAUUAGGAGAACAGAGGAACAAUCUAGUUUCAAGUAACAAUAUAAAUGAUGAUAAUAUAUUUUAAAAUGUCAUCAUCAACACUGCUUGCUUUUUUUUAUUACUUAUUUAGUUUUACAAAUCUUUUUGUGUUCUCAAGAUUAAGAUCAAACUAAGACAGAUUAUAAGAACAAAUAUUUGAACUGUACACUUCUAAUUAUAGCACACAAAUGGGUAUCUUUGAUUUGUCUGCAUUCAGCCUUUUUCUUUUGUUCAUUUUCUAUAAGAAUUUUGUUUUAAUAAAAAUUUGGAUUGUCAUGAU